AUGGGAACCCCCAUGCAUCCAAAUAUCAAGCUUGAAAAAGAUGAACAUGCUAGAGAUAUUGAUGAGACAUGCUGUAGACGGAUGAUUGGCUCUUUGAUGUAUCUAACCUCCUCAAGGCCUGAUAUUAUCCAAAGUGUUGGAGUGUGCGCAAGGUUUCAAUCAAAGCCUAAGGAAUCUCAUCUCUCAGCUAUCAAGAGGAUCAUCCGAUAUGUGUUUGGUACCACUGAUUAUGAUUUAUGGUUUCCAAAGACUAAUUCCUUUCAAUUAGUGGGGUUUUGUGAUGCAGAUUUUGUUGGUGACAGAAUUGAUAGAAGAAGCACAAGUGGCAUGUAUUGCUUCCUUGGGAAAUCACUCAUUGUUUGGUCAAGUAAGAAGCAAGCUAUAGUGGCAUUUUUCAUUGCCGAAGCUGAGUAUAUUGCAUCAUCCUCUUGUUGUUCUCAAUUAUUAUGGCUGAAAACUUAG